AUUCUUUCGAUGUUCGGUAUUUGAUUUAUUAUAUCAAACAUAAUGAAAACCCGUGUCUAGGCAACGGCUUCAGUGCGGACAUUCAAUUAACUACAUACUUUUAUCUUUAUUUACGUUAAAUUAUCUAUAACCGUUGAUACCACGAUAAUGCAAAGUUUAUGGAAAAUACGUCGUCAGUGUUACUCUGCUACAAAAGUUAAUCACGCACACAGUUCAGUUGCAUUUCAUUUUAACAAGAAAGAACGUUUCUGAAAAUGAGUUCCGCGAUUACCCUACAGGGUCCAGAUACUUUCAUAUCGUUGGUGCUAUCCAAACGGAUUAGGGUAACUCAUGAUACCUUCAUAUUUCGAUUUGCAUUACCAUCUCUGACCCACAAACUUGGAUUGCCAAUCGGACAAAAUAUUCAAGUAAGGGCAACCAUAGACGGUGAAGAUGUUAUACGAGCAUACACUCCUGUUUCCAGUGAUGAUGAUUUGGGACACAUGGAUUUGAUAAUCAAAGUUUACUUCAAAGACGUACAUCCAAAGUUUCCCAACGGCGGACUUAUGUCCCAGUACAUCCAUGGACUUGAGGUUGGUGAAACUUUGGAUAUUCGUGGUCCAACCGGUCGGUUGUUAUAUAAUGGUCAAGGUCAUUUCGAGACCAGACCAGAUAAGAUAUCGAAUUACAAUCCAGUGAACGGCAUCAAGAAAGUCAACAUGAUUGCAGGUGGAAGUGGAAUAACGCCAAUGUUGCAAAUCAUCAAAGCGAUUUUGAAAAAUUCAGAUGAUUUAACGUCAAUUUGUUUGCUAUUUGCAAAUCGUACCGAAGACGAUAUUUUGUGUCGCGAAGAAUUGGAAAGUAUUCGAGAUCAAUAUCCCCAUCGUGUCAAAUUAUGGUUGACUUUGGAUGUACCAUCAGAUGGAUGGAAAUAUGGAAGUGGUUUCAUUACAGCUGAAAUGCUCAAGAAUCAUCUGUUUGGGCCAUCCAAUGAUACAAUUACUCUUAUUUGUGGACCCCCGCCAAUGAUUGAAUUUGCUUGCAAUCCUAAUUUGGAUAAGUUGGGAUACGCUGCUGAUCGACGUCAUGCUUAUUGAAUAUACUCGCUACUCACUCAAAACUUACUAUAAGAAGAAAGUUGCACGUUCAUAUCAUAAAAUAAAGUUUCACA